GAGGUGGUGCGGCUGGGCCCAGCUGCGGGGCGGAGGCGGAGGCGAGGCCUGCGGCGGCAGGAGCGGCCGGGGCCGGGAGCGGGCGCCGGAUCUGAGCCGAGCCGGAGCGGGCGGCGAAGGCCGGCGCGGCGAGCAGCAACCAUGUCGGUGUUUGGGAAACUGUUCGGGGCUGGAGGGGGUAAGGCCGGCAAGGGCGGCCCGACCCCCCAGGAGGCCAUCCAGCGGCUGCGGGACACGGAGGAGAUGCUAAGCAAGAAGCAGGAGUUCCUGGAGAAGAAAAUCGAGCAGGAGCUGACGGCUGCCAAGAAGCACGGCACCAAAAACAAGCGCGCGGCCCUCCAGGCUCUGAAGCGCAAGAAGAGGUAUGAGAAGCAGCUGGCACAGAUCGACGGUACGCUGUCCACCAUCGAGUUCCAGCGGGAGGCCCUGGAGAAUGCCAACACCAACACCGAGGUGCUCAAGAACAUGGGCUACGCCGCCAAGGCCAUGAAGGCAGCCCACGACAACAUGGACAUCGAUAAAGUCGAUGAGCUAAUGCAGGACAUUGCUGACCAGCAAGAACUUGCAGAGGAGAUUUCCACAGCUAUUUCCAAACCUGUAGGCUUUGGAGAAGAGUUUGACGAGGAUGAACUCAUGGCUGAAUUGGAAGAACUAGAACAGGAGGAGCUAGACAAGAAUUUGCUGGAAAUCAGUGGACCCGAAACAGUCCCUCUACCAAAUGUUCCUUCUAUAGCCCUACCGUCAAAACCCACCAAGAAGAAGGAAGAGGAAGACGACGACAUGAAGGAAUUGGAGAACUGGGCCGGAUCCAUGUAACUGGUCCAGCACGGCUGGGCCCAGACAGACUCUGGUGGCCUGCACAGCGGGCAGGCGUGUGCGUGUGCGGGGCAGGUACAACGUGGUGCAGGCCGGCUCCACCGUUCUCGAAUCUCACUCCAAAGCAGUAGGGCCGCAUCACUGCUUACUCUCGCAUCGCAUGGCCUGCACCCUGUGGGACGGGUGGGGGAGGGGGGCGGGCGGGUGGGAGGUGCCUGCUGUUUAUAAUGUUGAAUUUCUGUAAAAUAAACUGUAUUUGCAAAUCCAACAUUGAGCUUCUGGACUGCGCUAACCCCACUGCUGAAUCCUCCACGGAAAGGGUUGCGUGUUGACGGCGCAGUGAGCUGUAAGCGCAGCCUCUGUCCUCAAGUCAGGUGACUCGUCGCGCAUCUGUAAGACUUGUAUGGUAAUGGCAGAAACGUCGUGUUUUCAAAGCCAUAGGCUUUUCUCUGUCCUCAGCUGUAAUAACAGAUUUGGGUUUCCUUGAGAGCUGUAUUCCUGUCUAUCCCCCAUGUGCUGGCCCCUGUGUUUUCCGCUCCAGCCCACUCCUCACUCCCUCUCCCCCUGUCUUUUGGAGUUUGUGACACUUGAUUCGAAAUGGGUGGUGUUCUCUUGAGAGCAAGUGAGAUUGUUCGCAUUAAAUUCCAGCUAUACAGUUUUCUAAUCUAGCUCUAUGUUCUGCAUUGCUGUUUGUGAUAACUGAUAGAUAACUCAUUGGAAACAUGUGCAUACAUUUAUAUUCAGAUGAAAUUAUGGUUUGCACUGUCUAUUAAAUAUCUCGAUUAAUUUUCA